AUCCCAAUCUCCACACAACACAAAUCGUUUUUGCUUCCUCGUUCGUAUCCAACACUAGAAAAAAAAAAGAAGCAAUGGCGGAUGACACUCCCGAGGACAUGAAGAUUCGCGAGCGGAUCUUCAAGCGAUUCGACGAGAACAGCGACGGAAAAAUCUCCGCACAGGAGCUUAAAGAGGCUCUGAAGGCGCUGGGAUCCGUUUCGGCAGAGGAGGUCGGGCGCAUGAUGGGGGAGAUCGAUACGGAUGGGGACGGAUUCAUUUCAUUCGCGGAGUUCACCGCGUUUGCCCUCGCCAACAGGGGCCUUAUGAAGGAUGUUGCUAAAAUUUUCUAAAUCUCUCUUGUUAUUUUUUUCUUAUGCCUUGAAAGAAGUGUUCUGGAAUUUUUCGGAACAGAAAUGUGUGGCUAAGGCGAGGCAUAGAGGAUCAACAUUUUUUAAAUUGUCUUCUAAUGAAAUACAAACCUGUUUGUGUAUGUAGCGGGUACCCUCCCAAUGUUUUCACUA